ACUCGACGGCUACACGCAAACUAGUCGCGCGUUAAACAUCGUUAUUGUGUAAAGUAUUUGAUUAUUAAGUAAUUUUUAUGUAUUAAAAUAAUUUUCAAUUAUUACAAUUUUUGUGCAAAAUGCGUUGUGUGUGGGCUUGUGUUGCGGUUUUGAUUGUGAAUUUGGUACCGGAAAUUACCGAUGGGCUAAGUUUGCCCGCCCCUCCUACUUCAAGAACUUGUAUAAUCGGAGCAGGGUACUCUGGCUUAGCAGCAGCUCGGUACCUCAAGGACUAUGACCUUAGCUUCGUUGUCUUUGAAGCCACCAAGCAUGUGGGAGGUACUUGGCAUUACGACCCCCAUGUUGGGUUCGAUGAGGAAGGUUUGCCGGUCUACACUAGCAUGUACAAGUAUUUAAGAACAAACACCCCAAUACAGACGAUGGAAUACACAGGCUUUCCGUUCCCUGAUGGGACGCCUUCCUACCCGACAGCUACUUGCUUCCACAAAUAUCUAAAGCUCUUCGCCAAGAGCUUCGAUUUAGUUAAACGUAUUCAAUUCAAAACCUUUGUAACAUCUGUAGAAUGGGCAGCUGGACGUUGGAUUGUGUCAUAUACUAAGCUGGACAGUAAAGAAAACGCGACCGAGUCUUGUGACUACGUUAUCGUUGCUAAUGGAGAGUUCCUUAAUCCUUAUGUUCCUAAAUUCCAAGGGCUAGACCUGUUUAAAGGGUCUAUAAUCCACAGUCACUACUACAGAGAACCAGAGAAAUAUCAAGGACGUCGCGUUCUCAUCGUUGGCGCAGGUCCUUCAGGAUUAGACUUGGCAAUGCAUUUAUCCAAUUUCACCAAAAAACUAGUCCAUAGCCAUCAUUUGAAGUAUAAUCAGCCAAACUUUGGACCUAAUUAUAAGAAGAAACCAGACAUUAUAACAUUUACUAGUGACGGAGUCGUUUUUGAGGAUAACAGUUUUGAAGAAUUGGAUAAUGUCAUUCUUUGCACAGGAUACGAGUUUGACCACCCAUUUUUAGAUAAGAGCUGCGGCAUUACUAAGUCCGGAAAGUAUGUGCUGCCGCUAUAUCAACAUGUUGUCAACAUUAUGCAUCCCUCUAUGAUGUUUAUUGGAGUCUCGAAGAAGGUCAUCAAUAGAGUAUUUGAUGCUCAGGCACAAUACGUAGCAGCAUUGAUAGCUAAGAAAUUCGAGUUGCCAUCACAAGAGGAGAUGCUUAAGAAGUGGGUGCAGCACGCGCAAUCAUUACCUACUAAGAGAAUGAAACUUGUAGAUAUCAAUGUCAUUGGCGAUCAACAGGACCAAUACUUCGGGAACCUGACCAAAGAAGCUUCCAUACCUCGCGUACCGCCUGUCUUAACAGAAAUCAGGGACUUCAACGCGAAAAUUCGUUUAGAAGACUUACUUAACUACAGAGAUUAUGACUACAAAUUGUUAAACGAUUACAAGUAUGAACGUUGGUACAAUUAUAGAGAAGACGAUCCUUGCCCAAUUGAAAUUUAGACGCAAUUGUGAUAUCGGUAGAUACGACU